CGGCUAUUUUAAAUUUGGUAGUUAGGGCGCGAUAACUUGGGUGACACGCCGUGUCGUAGCAACUACUUGUGUCUGUUUAUACUUAAACGAUGGCUCUCCAUAUUCCAAAGGCUCCGGGCUUCAUGUCGAUGCUCAAGGAGGGUGCUAGGUAUUUUGAAGGCCUAGAAGAGUCAGUAUACCGAAAUAUUGAGGCAUGCCUGGCACUCUCCAAGUCUAUCCGAUCAACAUUUGGACCUUCAGGACAGAACAAAAUUGUCAUAAAUCAUGUUGGCCGGUUGUUCGUGACUAACGACGCAGCUACGAUACUCAAGGAACUUGAAGUUGCCCAUCCUGCAGCUAAAAUACUUGUUAUGGCAUCUCAACAACAAGAACAAGAAGCUGGUGAUGGAACUAAUGUUGUAUUUCAGCUUUCCGGGGCACUUCUGGAGCAGGCUCGAGACCUUCUGAAAAUGGGUCUCUCAGUUGCUCAAGUCACCAGUGGAUUCGAAAUGGGAUGUAAAAAGGCCUUGGAAAUCUUGGAUGAACUCGUGGUGGAGAACUUGUCUGAUAUACGAUGUUAUAAAAGUGUUUUACGUGUCAUAAAGACAGCUGUUAUGAGUAAACAAAUCGAUCUUGCUGACUUCUUAUCCGAACUUAUUACGAAAGCAUGCAUCGAAACUUUACCGCAAAAAUCAUAUUUCAACGUUGAUAAUAUACGUGUUUUAAAGAUUUUGGGUGCUGGUGUCAACCAGUCGAAAAUGAUUAAAGGUAUGGUAUUUCGACGGGAAACUGAAGGAGAGGUCAAGGAAGUUUUUAAUGGAAAAGUUGCAAUUUUCUCUUGCCCCGUUGAUGCCCUUCAAACGGAAACAAAAGGAACAGUUUUACUUACAUCUGCGGAUGAACUCACAAAAUUUAGUAAAGGAGAGGAGGACUUGGUGGAAAAACAUAUGCGUUCUCUUUCGGAUGCUGGAGUGAAAGUUAUCGUUAGUGGAGGCAAAGUUGGGGAAUUGGCACUACAUUACGCCAACAAAUUGAAUAUGAUGGUAGUAAAGCUCAGCAGCAAGUUUGAUGUUCGACGUCUCUGUCAAGCAACCGGUGCGUCAGCUCUCCCUCAGUUAGUAACACCCACUCCUGAGGAACUUGGGACCAUUAGUCAUGUUUAUUCGGACGAAAUAGCUGACGCAAGUGUAGUUAUUUUCGAACAAGACACACAUGAGGGAACCGUCGUUACAUUAUUGAUUCGGGGAAGUACGGAAAACAUAAUGGAUGAUGUUGAACGUGCUAUUGAUGAUGGUGUCAACACAUUCAAAUGCCUUACGCGUAGUCCUAAAUUGGUUGCAGGUGCCGGAGCAACGGAAAUAGAGCUGGCUCGCCGUCUCGUAUCGUACGCUGGUACAGUACCUGGUCUUGAACAGUAUGCUAUCAGAGAGUUUGCCCGGGCUUUUGAGGUUGUUGUAAAAGUACUUGCCGAAAACUCUGGACAGAAGAUCACUGAAAUAGUUGCUAUUUUGUACGCUAAACAUGAAUCUGGUCAAAUACAUACUGGUUUAGUCACUCAACCAAAUGGUGAAGUAUCUGUUAACGAUUCUGUCAAAUUCGAGGUUUUGGAUCUCCAUCUUUUAAAACAUUGGGCUAUUCGACUUGCGACAAAUGCUGCGAACACUAUACUCCGCGUCGAUCAGAUUAUUAUGGCACGCCCAGCUGGUGGACCGAAACCUCGUCAACCAGGAGCUAUGGAUGAAGAUUAAUAAAAAAUACAAUAAACCCAUUAAUAAUAACAAUGAUAGGUUCCUGACUGCAUUCGUGUUGUUGGCUUCUCGAUUAUCUCAUUGUAAUGUAUAUUUCGAAUAAAUUACUGUGAAAAAUCUGCGCUUUUUUCCUGGUUUCAAAUGGUUCUUCAGCCAUGUUCAUUUUUUGGCUUCUUCCUAAAGCCUGAUUGUUUGAAUACCUAAAUAAAUAUGUUACAAUGCGCCGUAUUAUAUUUGCAGAAAUUAAGUUAAAAAUAGUAGUUAUGAAGCAAAGAAAUAGUAUCGUCAGUGUGAUGAAUAUGUUUGACAGGUCUCGUUCUGAAGGAUUGCUCGCAACAUGUAACUUUUUAUGAACAGAAAUGGAUGGUGGCUAGCAAUAAUGUCCAGGGCAUUCAAUUCGUCUUAUUUUGGACCUUUCAUCUGGAUGUGCCUGCGUCCCAGAGUUGGUGUUCAAUUCAGGACUCAAACCCAUUACCGUUCGUUUCGAAAACCAUCGCGUCCGAAUACGUGUAUUUCAGUUUAACAACACGAAAAUCUUUAUGAACACAAUGAGUCUUUAUUGCAUUUUUUAUAAGUUAAUAUUUCGUGGCCAAAAGUGGUUGUAUUCACCCUUGUUCAUGUGGUCAGAUUUUGGUUUUACCGAUUAAGCUUACGUAACCUGAUUUCUUUUGUAUAGAAAUAGUAUCAAUAACAUCUUGAUGGCUAGUGUUUGAUAAUCGUCUCCAAAUCAGUCAGUCAGCUGCAACGUAAGACCAGGCACAUAUGUGCAUAUCAUCAAUCCAUUUAUUUUGUUUUUUAUGCUAUGCCUAAAUUAAAAAUAGUGUGUACAUUUUAGUGAACUAUUUUUAUGAAUUGUUUGAGAUACGUACAUUAUGAUCAUGAAGAAUUACUAAGUAUUAGUAUUAUAAUUAUCUGAUUACACAUCAUCGAUGCUUGGGAAUCAAUGUUGUGGUUAAAUGGUCAUUAGUGCUCAGAAAACUAAUAUUUUUCAAGGUUAUUCGGUAGCCUCCUCACACAGUAGUGUGAGUUAUAGGUUUAAUUGAAGUUGUUGAUAAGCUAGUUAACGAUGCCUUACAAAGAAUUGCCAUUUGUAAAUCUACAUUCUUAUAUAUCACAUAUAUUUCGGUUCUUUCUUGUUUAAAGAUUCAAACUGACGCUGUUGUGUUGGGAAUCAUAUUACUAAUUUUGUUAAUCUUCUGUCCCAUACAUGUACGCAGACCAUAACUCAAAAUUUGAUGACAGUUCUUAUCAAGGAAAUGAAGUUGUUGAUUCUGCAGAUGAUUCGGAUGAACCAGUCGAUCCCGAAUUCAUUAAUCUUUUAGAAGAUAUUGAAGGUAAUGAACAUGAGAACAUCGAUCUGUACUCCGUAUUGGGUGUUGACAAAAAUGCAUCGGCAGCUGAUCUGCGCAUGGCAUACAAACGUCUUUCCCUGUUGUUCCAUCCGGAUAAGCAUUCUAUUUCGACACCAGAAGAUAAUGAGAAAAUUAAUUCAAAUCCAUCUGAUGCGGUGUCUGCAUUCAGUCAAAUUGCUUCAGCUUAUGCGAUUUUAAGCAAUCCUGAACAACGUGCUAUUUAUGAUAGUUUUGGUUAUAGAGGGUUGCAAAUGCAGGGGUGGCAAAUAGCGAGUUUUCAAAAAUCAGCACCUGAACUUCGUUUGGAAUAUCUUCUUUUGAAAGAAAAAGCUCGAGUUUCAAAGCAACUUCAGUUGACACAACCAACCUCGGAAUUUUCUCUUGGUUUAGAUUUAACGGAUGUUUUUGAUCGUUAUUUGAAGGAGCCACCAGAGGAUCGUUCAUUGAUUCCAAUUCCAUCAAUUUAUGAGCUUUCUGUUGCUCAAUCUAUCAACGCUGGUAUCAGUUUAAAAAACUCAGUAAGUUUGGCUGGUCAGGUGACAGCCCAUAAUGGUGUAGGGAUAGGGACAUUUCUUGCUAUAUGGCGGCAUCACUGCUCCAGAAAUUCAAUUUUCGGUCCAACUACAAUCGAUACCGAGUUUUCUUACGGUCGCGCUGGUCGUGGAUUGAGUACUGGUAUACGGGCAAGGCGGACUUUUGGACAGCGUCUCCAUGGUAGUUUAGGUUUAUCUCUAGCUAGUUUAUAUGAAAGAUCUCCCAAGUCGAGUAUAAGUCUAAUCCCUGGUAUUUCUGCUGGUGUAAAUGUCCAGUUGUUAUCUCAUGUACAUGCACACUUGGAGUUACGUUGUCUCAUGAAUCCAGGUAUAUCGAGUGAAUUGUUCUUUACUUCUGCUGACGGUGAGUAUAAUGCCCGAAUUUCAAGUAAACUUAACGCAUCCGGUUAUGCAAGCCUUUCCCUGUUACUGGAAAAGUCCGUCUCGUGGACUUGGCUAAAUCCACCUCGAGGAUCUGGUGUAAUUGAUAAAGAAAAUGUUCCUGGACCUGAUUGUGAUUGGGCAGAUUCAGAUAAUUGUGAUUUGGAACAACAGCGACGCGGUAAAGGCAAUAUAUCAUGCACCAUUGGUGUUAACACCACAGACAUUGGUGAAUUCUCUCUAGGUGCACAAUGUCAAAUUUCCGCUCAUUCUAGAAUCGCAGGUCAGAUUCGUCUGAGCAUUCAAAAAGGUGUAACUGUUAAAAUUAGCCUUUUACGAGGUACUCAGACAUAUUCUUUUCCUUUUAUUCUGUCUGAUCACCCUGACAGAGUUGCUUUUGGUUACGGUUUAAUUUUCCCCAUACUUGCAUUUUCGGCUAUUCGCAUGUUGGUCUAUGAACCUUAUCUAUCUCGUCAGUUAAAAAUUGCACAAAAGUUUCGAAGAGCUAAACUGCGCGAAGAACUGAACAGAAAACGCCGUGAAGCAUUGUCCACUCAGGAACUCAUGAGGAGAGCUGCAUCACGAAGUAAACGGAAUGAAAUGUCUAUUUCCGGUCUUAUCAUCGAUCAGGCAAUAUAUGGUUGCCUUUCACCAACCUCUGAUCCCACUACUUUAUCUGAUGCUGGUGGUCCACUUACGUUUGAUGUGACUAUACCCCUCCAAGCUAUGAUAGAAAAAAGUCACUUACGCUUACCACCUGGUCGGUGGUGUGAUUUCCAAGGUUUCUAUGACCCCUGUGUUGGUUUAUUAGAAAAUCCACGUCAACUUCGUGUGUCAUAUACUUUCCAUAAUUUCCCUCAUGAGGUCACUGUCAAUGAAAAUCAAGGUUUAGCUAUCCCAAUGUCCAAGCAUAAAGUUGAAAUUCCUUAAUUCAUGUAAAAUGAUCUCCGCGUUGUCUUUCAACUUAGUUAAUAUAUUAUCUCCACCGUGCCACCUUUCGUAGGAAUCUUGACGUACUUCACUGUUGCACGUUGUUGUCAUUACUCUCUUGUAAUCCUAUCGUUUUCAUUUUGUUUGGAAAUUGAGCACAACACUAUCUGUUUGGUCCUUGCAUUCUACAGAUGAAAGCAUUUAAUCCCAGUGAUUACCUCUGUUGAUCUUGAUUGUAGAUAAAAUAAUUUUUAUUCUGAAUAUAUUUUCCAAAUUCAUUAUAAUGAAGUUGCACAUCUUUUCAUUUAUUUUCCAUGCUAGUUAGCUGUACAGUUAUUAAAUAAUGUUCAUAG